AUGCCCUCGAACGAGCAGGGUCAACUCCACCUAAUAGUUGGCACAAACGUGAUAAUGUCAUCGAUGGCCUCCGAGAACGUGCCGGUGAUAUACAUACCGGAAGAGUUGCGUCAAACGGAUCGCAUUCAACGGCUGGUCAAACGGUUUGAGGACAAGUUUGGCGACAAACCGGUAUUCCUGGUACGAGUGCCCGGACGGGUGAACAUCAUAGGCGAGCACAUAGACUACGUGGGCUAUUCGGUGCUACCCAUGGCACUCAAACAGGACAUCGUGAUGGCCGUGUCGGUGAACAGCACCGGCCGUAUCGAGUUGACCAAUCUGGACCAGGAAAACUACCAUGAUGAAUCCAUAGACCCCACGGGGUUGGAGUUCCCGCAACCGCCCCAAUGGUAUCACUAUUUCCAGUGCGGUUAUCGCGGUAUUGUCGAUAGGUUUUGCAACGGUCAGCCACCCCUGGGUUUGAAUGUGGCCGUUCACGGCACGAUACCGGCCGGCUCGGGCCUGUCCAGCUCGUCGGCCAUGGUUUGUGCCGCCGCUUUCGCCACAAUCAUCGCCUUUCACCAGAAGACCAAUAUGCUAUCGAUUCCCAUCAAUAAGCUAGAGAUCACACAACUGUGCAUAAAGUCCGAGCGCUAUAUCGGCACCGACUCGGGCGGUAUGGAUCAGGCGAUCGCUCUGUUGGCCGAAGAG